GUCUGCAGCCCCGCUUCGUUUCUCUUCUGCCUUUAGUUUCGUUUCUCUUUAGUUGUCGUGCCCUCUGCUUAUGUGGUGCUGCUCGAACCCAGGGCCUCGCGUGCCCGGCAAGCCACGACCCCAGCCCCACCUUUUUUGCACCGUGUGCACAUGUAACUAAAAACCAGAGGUUCCUGAGUCAGUACCUUUGUCGCAUGCAGCACGCUGCGGUGUCAUUUACGCUCCUCCUGGAAGGAUGCAAGCUCUGCACUGCUCAGUAACUAUGAGGUGUUCCAGUUACUAACUGAUCUGAAAGAGCAGCGCAAAGAAAGUGGGAAGAAUAAGCACAGCUCUGGGCAGCAGAACCUGAACACCAUCACCUACGAGACAUUAAAAUACAUAUCAAAAACACCGUGCAGACACCAGAGUCCUGAAAUCGUCAGAGAAUUUCUUACAGCAAUGAAAAGCCACAAGCUGACCAAAGCUGAAAAGCUGCAGCUGCUGAAUCACAGGCCUGUGACUGCUGUUGAGAUCCAGCUGAUGGUGGAAGAGAGUGAAGAGCGGCUCACGGAGGAGCAGAUUGAAGCCCUUCUCCAUACUGUCAUGAGCAUUCUGCCUGCAGGGCCAGAGGAUGAGCAGAAGAAAAAUGCCAGCAGCGACAUGGCGGUGGACGAAGAGGAUCCAGCAUAGAGGAGUAUGACUGGCCCAGGCAUUCUGUGAAGUGGAGAGGCCCAGUGGCCAUUUCCUGGACAUUCAGAGGAUUGCUUAUUUGAUUUUACCCUCUAUCCCAAUAGGCCCAAUUUCAUGGUUAGUUGGGGGAAAAAAAAUCACAAAAAUAAGCUAAAAGAAAUAUCUAUGCCUUGAGCAGAAAAAAAACAUGGUAGAGGCAGCUGAGGUUGUUGGGGCAGAGAGCUGGAGAGGGGAGAACAAUGACUAGACCUCUCUGUGGUAGACAUAUUUCCUCUGUGGCCUUUGCCACAGCUGUGGGAGGUCUGUAUACACAGAUGGCAAAAUACUCUUGCCUUUGAUGAGCUCUGUCUUAGUGAAUUUCAUCUGCUUCCCUAGGAACUUCCCGAGUCCUGAGCUCAGAGUGCUGUUGGGUUGUGAGCCGAAUUGUGAGAACCAGGUUAGCUGACUGAAGACUCCCAGAGCUGCAUGUAGUUUAGAUUAAAAUGAACCACUGAACUUGGCUCACCUUAAAGGAACUUCCCUGAGAGCAGAGAUAAGAAAAGGAGAUAAGACUGUGCCUGGUCAGCCCUUCUGAGGUUUUCUAAAAGGCCAGUUCUUCUGCUGGCAUACACUUUGUUUACUGGCCUACAAAUGAGUCUUGAAUGUUAGAAGCCAGCUCAUUCCAGGGCAGAAUAGACACUCCAGACAGGAGGGCAGUGGCAACAGAAAUACAGUGCUGGCUGUCUUUCUGACUGGAGCCAGCAGCCCCAGCCAGACAGUACCUGCUGAGACCAGGUAAGCUGUUUGCAUAACAGGCAGUUCAUUUACAUCUUUAAAUUGGGCACAGUUAUGUUGCUCUUUUAUGAACAGAACAUGUAAAAACUAGAGGUUGAAAAAAUAAACUAGAAGAUGGUCAAUAAGAACUUGAAUUUGCUUUCCAUUGCAAGGCUGCAUCAGUUUUUUAGUGUAAAAUAUUAAGAUUAUUACUGUAAAAACCUUUUU